UAUAUCAGGAUACAAACACAGACAAACACAUUUGAGAGAAGAGACAAGAUUACAAACUAAGGAUUUUAUCAUCACUGUCAGAGGAGUCAUGACCAAGGAGAUUGAGGCUCUCAUGGUACAACAGAACGAGAGUUUCAACUACUUACGCUAUCCAGACAACUACGUUAUGGACUCUUGGCCUAGCAUGGACAGCGGUGACCUCAGCAAGACUAAACCCAGACUGUCUUCAGAUGAAGAACUUGCAACUCUAAGCCUCCUCUAUGAAGCCUGCAAGACCCCUAAAGAGCAGAAGAUGACAUCAUGUGCGCGUGAGAGCAGCAUGUACAUGGAAAGGACAGUGAAUAGCUCUUCCCCUGAGCUGGCCACGCUGGAGAAUGCUCACAUCAUGAAGCUGCUUUCUGAAAGCAUUUCCUCCAGUCACUCAAAGCAAGCAUUACUGAGCACUGACAGCUACACCGGGGACAACUUGUACCCCCUCCUGCACCCAACACAGAAAUCAUGGCCAUCUGACCAACCCUUUCUGGAGACGACCCCUGAGCCUCUAGCCUACAGCACGUUUGUGGGACAAACAAGCCCAGUAUACUCAGAGUCCUACUCCAACUCUCCUCCAGAUAGAUACAGGAAUGACUUCCAGUUUGUUCUUGGUGCCCCACAAGCUUCUCAGCACAAGACAACAGAAAUACCCACGGUGUACCUCAACAAGGGGCAGUUUUACCCCAUCACACUGCAGGGAGUGGACAGCACUGCUGGGGUGCCAUGCAGCAAAGUAAAAACGGUGAUCAUGGCUGUGUUUGAGAAUGACAAGAGUCCUGAGAUGCAGCUGAAGUACUGGAACCACUGGCACGCUCGACAGCCUACCGUUAAACAGAGAGUCAUUGAUAUCGUGUAUUAUAAGUCGUUCCGAUAUGCCAGAGCACUUUGUAAUUGCUCAGAUUCUAAAUGUUUUAUUGUCCUUGAAUGCUUGCAGGGAGCAGAGAGGAAGAUGAGAGACGAGGAGAGGAAGAGAAGCAAGAGGAGGACCAAGAAUGACUCCAGCAACAAUAGUUGUAAACAGGCCCUAGUUUCCAGCUCUGUCGGAAAGGACUCUACCUACUUUAAAACUCUAGACGAUCACGUCACACAACCUGUUUUAUUCAUCCCAGAGAUGCACUUCAGCACCAUGCAGCGCUGUGGCCUGGUGCCCCCUGUUAGCCUGGAGGAAAGCGACAGGACAUCGCUGAAACGUAUCAACUGCUACGCAGACAGCGGCGACCAGAGCAGCUCCCCACCGAGCAAACAAGCCCGCCGAGACGAGCAACAGAGAGUUCUCCUGUAUGUCAGGCGAGAGACUGAGGAAGUAUUCGAUGCCCUCAUGUUGAACAUGCCAACCCUUAAGGGCCUGAGAGAAGCGAUUUCAGAAAAGUACGGUAUGCAAGAAGACACCAUUGGGAAAAUCUUCAAGAAGUGCAAAAGAGGGAUCUUUGUGAACAUGGAUGACAACAUCAUCGAGCAUUACAGCAACCACUCUGCCUUCCUCAUCGAGAUCACUGAAGUCAUGAUCAACCACUUCCAGAUCACACUUAUGGAGUUAUAAAUGACAUCAUCAACUAGUGACACCACACCUGGUGCUGCUGCUGGCAGCUUCUUUCUGCUCUUUCGAUCCAAAAGCAUGACUAUGAGCCAGAUUCUGCAGUCGCUAUAGAAACAGCUCAUCUGCCAGUUCCAACAUUUUCAGUUUUAACAAGACAUAUCAAUACUAAACAGUGUAAAUACCAUUUUCCACUUUUGUACCUUUUUUAUUAUUUUAUCUACAAUAAUUUUAUAACACGAGCAAUUAUGAUCAACAAGGUACAUGUUCUGUAAAUAUUAAUUGUAAAUAGACAUAAUUAUCAUAAUGUUGUGUGUUGACGUGAUUUUAAAAGAGUUAUAUGUUGUUAUUUCAAUGAUAAACUUGCCUUUUUGGACGCUGCCUCUUUGCUGCUUAUAGAAGGCCCAUCAUUUCUAGGACAGGAUGUGAGGCGUUUGUAUUGCUUUAUGCUCUGAUGGUGGUUCGCAUGUUUAUUAAUCUUGCCGCGUGUUACUUCAGCAUACUUCUAGUCAGGGUGCUGUAACUAUCAGCCUUUUAGUUUCACAUCUGGAACACUCCACAAACACACACAAGUGUUUUAGACCUUUAAGUCGCACAUUUCCACCCUUAAAGAGCCACGUAUCUGUCAGUGUUUCGAUCACAUUUAGAAAACUGGCUCCACACAUUUUGAAUCUGUGUGGCUGUAACGGUUGUCAGGACAACCGGCCUUUUUGUCCUCUGACAUUUAGACAAGAAAGUUCGGACGAACCACUGCAAUGUCGAACUUGCCCAAAUAUCAGAUUAAAUAAUGGUGACUUUUCAUUUUGUGGAUUUUGCAUCACAAAAUUUGUACAUUUCAAAUUCUUUGUAUUGCUUUCGAACAAUACUGAUAUACUAAAGCUGUGUUUUCCUUUUUUACUGCCUCUGCUUUUAUAUGGAAAAUAAAAUCCAAAAUCCAUAA